AUGUACCCAUUCCAGUGGGGUAAUGGGUGUUUCUGCGGCCUGGGACUGGUGAGCACCAACAAGUCCUGCUCGAUGCCACCCACCAGUUUCCAAGACCUUCCCCUCAACGUCUACGUGGUCAUCUUUGGCACAGGCAUCUUUGUCUUCAUGCUCAGCCUCAUCUUCUGCUGUUAUUUUAUCAGCAAACUCUGGAACCAGGCACAGAGCAAACGAUACGGAUAUAAAGAGGUGGUGCUUAAAGGUGAUGCCAAGAAGUUACAGUUAUAUGGGCAGACCUGUGCAGUCUGUCUGGAAGACUUCAAGGGGAAGGAUGAGCAGGGUGUGCUCUCAUGCCAACACACCUUUCACCGCAAGUGUCUGGUGAAGUGGCUGGAAGUACGCUAUGUCUGCCCCAUGUGUAACAAGCCCAUUGCUGGUCCCUCAGAGGCCACCCCGAGCAUCGGGAUCCUAUUGGAUGAGCCGGUGUGAGUGCUGCCUCCAUACCAAGGCCUG